AUGGCAGAGGUUGAGGCGAAUUCACCCACCACCACCGGGUACAGCAUAGAAGCUAGUGACAGUGACACCGGGAUGUGGCUGUGUUUUCAGGCGAUAGAGGUGAGGCUGGAGGUGACGGAGGUGAGGCGGGAGGGCACGGUGGAGGUGAAAGUGGAUUUGGUGGUGAUAGAAAAUAAUGGAGGUGGACAUGGAGGUGGUGGUUAUGGAAGGGGCGGGCGGCAUGGAGGUGGAGGUGGUGAUGAUGGAGGUGACAGUGGAAGCGGAGCUGAAGGAGGUGGAGGUGGAGUUGGUGGAGUUGGUGGAGAUGGAGAUGGAGAUGGGGUUGUUAGAGUUUAG